AAAGUGAGAAAAGUGUGUGAAGAGUGAAAUACACUUAGUGUAGAAGUGUAUUGGUGAGGAUUGGUUUUUUGUAAUAGUUGAGUGUGAGAGUUUGCUCCUCCUAUUGUAAUUCUGUUCUUGAUAUUGAAUAGAAGAAUUUUCCAAUCCCAACAGUCGGUGAGGAGAGAUGAGAUCGUCAUGCGCGAGCGGAGCCGGGCCGGUGGAAAAAGUGGCACCGGUGGAUAUUGACAGAGCAACAAUGCCGAAUGGGCCAAUAUGUGUAACGGUGGAGAGAGGCGGCUACACCGCAAUGGAGGCGGGCGCACUACCAACGUCGGCUAAUGACAUGGUCUCUGUGAAAGAGGUCGACGUAGGGUUCAUGACAACAGAAGAAAAUCAAAACCCUAUGUCUCUGAUGUCAUGUGAAUACUUAGAGCAUCUCCAAUGCAAGGGUGUGAUCUCCUACACACCCUUACGCAUGGGUCCCAUUUUUUAUCUCACGAUUUUUAUGUAUAGGACCCACAUAUUUCCUAAUUUAUUUUCAUUUUCAUUUUUUUAAUCAUUUUUAACCCACUUUUCAUCAACUUUCCUCCUUGAAUCCCGUGGUCCAUUUAUGGACCUUGUCAUA